CGAUCACCAAUACUGAGAAAGGCUUCGUGUUGGUCAUCCCCAGCAAACGUGUACGUGGAUGACUUCUCUGGACAAAAUACACCGUUCGAGCAGUCAUCUUGCUGGUCGGCUCCGGAAUGCCUGAACGAUAGCACGAGUGAAGGAGAUGAAGAUUAUCUGGAUGAAGACCAUGUACCGAGAUCGUGUUCGUGUCAUGAGCUCGACCACGGCACUAUCGAGAAGAACCCGUCCUUCCUGGACAGCUACCCAGUAAUCGACUCAUCACAGCAAGUACCAUCACUUAGCUCGAUUCGCCUUCCAUCCAGCACUGGCAGCAUAGCUGACUCUCCAUCACCUCCUAGGCCCCUUUCUCCAGUUCUAGGGAGGCCACCACUAAAUUCAAAUUCGAUCUCGGGAUCGCGUUCGAUGCAACUUCGACCUCGACCUGAGUUAUCCUCGUUCGCCGAUAAUUCUACCUCUGAUGACGAUUCGCCUCAACAGGAUCCUUGGCCGCAACAGGAGGUUUGGCCAGAAGAGGACGUGAUGAGUCGUUCGCUGCGAACCGGAUGGACAGCAGCUGACUCAGCUGUGGGAGUUCAACGACCUCAAUCCUCCCGCACGGUAGCCGGUGAUGUUCGACAUGUGGGCGUCUCGGGAAGCAGGUCCAUGCAUAAUCAACUUCAAUACGUUCCGUCUCAACUUGAGAGCUCUUCCCGCCCUCGACUCGAUGAGGCCGAAAGGCGAGACUUGAUCACCCGCAGUGCGUGGAUCGAUCGAGGGAGCACUGUUCAACUGCAGGAUCGUGCUACCGAACGACGAGUGCCAGAGGUAGCUGGGACGUCUGGAUUCAGAAACGGAACUCGCUGUGAAAGUCAGUCAGACUUCCGUGCUGAUCCUGAAUCUGCAGAUUUCAUGAGGCGAUCGUAUACCACCGAGGAACUGAAACGAGAACGACGACGACUGCCAAAAAGGCCGGACAUGCAGCCAUUUCUCAGUGAGCUGCCUUCAUCAUUAUCCCUUCACGGCCAAAACAUGGACGACUUGGGCGAGCCGGGACGCCAAGACGAACUUUCCAUGAGAGACGGCGAGGUACUUUACUACCCACCAGCGGCGCCACCAACAGAGCUUCGACCUUCACAGUGGGUUGGAAUAAGCUUGUGA